AUGCUCAUUGGAAGCUACGCAGGAUACCCAACUUAUGAGGGAGUGAAGAAGAAGAGGCCGGGACCAGGCGAGACGGAGUGGGCAAUUGAAAAGGAUGUACUGCUUGCUAAUUGGGGAAGAGUAAGAAUUCCACCAAGUGCUAAGGAACUAAUCAGAGCGAAGUUCACUGAGAACGAGAGUAGCUGGGUUGAGGUGCUACCAAAAGUUGAGGCGUGGUUCAAUGCUAUGGUUCACAGCGUAACGGGCUUCUCUCCGGACACAGAGAUGAAGGGUCAUGAGGUUGUCGAGCAGGGUUAUGGUUUGGAAAGUUUGGCUGAGCAUCCCGGGACACUUCAUGGCCAGAAAGUGAAUGUGGAAAAGCUGUGGCCGGUGAGCAGGGGUGGCGACGUUGAGGAUAUUUACAGUGAGGGAGCCCAAGACGGAAUUUGGGCUGAAGCAGUUGCUGUGGAUGCUAGGUCGCAAGAACCGUUAUCCAAGCUCCUUCGGAGCCUGGAAAACCCGGGGGUGAUGCCAUGGAGUGCCUCUGAGCUCCGUGACAUGAGUGGUUAG